AUGGCUCCUCAUUCCCACGAGUUCGCAGGCGACGGUGCUCACGAGAGCAAGGAACAACGCCACAGCGUCGCCUCUGGUCCCGGCGAAGAGCAAGCCGAUGAGCUCCUCAACAUCCUGGGCUACCAGGCCGAGCUGGUUCGCAGCCGAAGCACCUUCCAGGUUGCGUUCAUGUCCUUUGUGCUGGCCUCUGUCCCCUACGGUCUAGCCACCACGCUCCUAUACCCUCUCGCGGGCGGCGGACCUGUCGCAGUCAUCUGGGGCUGGUGCGGCGUAUGCGCCAUUAUCCUCUGCCUGGCUGUGUCUCUCGGCGAGAUCACCUCGGUCUAUCCCACAGCCGGAGGGGUCUACUAUCAGACCUUCAUGCUCUCUCCGCCGCAUUACCGCAAGAUUACCGCAUGGAUCUGUGGUUGGUCAUAUACCCUUGGCAACAUAAUCAUUACUCUCUCGGUCAACUUCGGAACCACUCUGUUUGUCGUGGGUUGUAUCAACGUUUUCCACGAUGACAACGGCGAAGGCAUCUUUGCUGCCGAGACAUACCAGUAUUAUCUGAUCUUCCUCGCUAUUACUCUGAUCUGCAACGCUAUAUCCGCCCUGGGUAAUCGAUGGCUCCCGCUUUUGGAUACAAUGACCAUCUACUGGACGUUUGGAGGUGUCUUUGCCAUAUUGAUAUGCGUUCUUGUCAUCGCCAAAAACGGCCGAAGGAGCGGUGACUUCGCCUUGGGCGAGUUUCAGGCCAACACCGGCUGGACUCCAGGCUGGUCGUUCUGUAUUGGGCUCCUCCACGCUGCCUACGCGACUUCUGCCACCGGCAUGAUCAUCUCUAUGUCCGAGGAGGUUCGCGACCCAGGCAAACAAGUCCCCAAAGCCAUGUGCUGGGCGCUGGGAUUGAACUGGCUGUGUGGCAUCAUCUUUCUUCUUCCGUUGAUGUUCGUCCUGCCCGACAUCAUCGAUGUCAUCAGCGACCCCUACUACCAGCCAUUACCCUUCAUUCUUCGCUCAGCGGUCGGCAACGAAGGCGGCGCGUUUGCGCUCACUGUUCCAAUCAUCAUCCUGGCCAUCUGCUGUGGCACCGCGUGUACCACCGCGUCGUCACGUGCCAUCUGGGCCUUCUCGCGCGACGGAGCCAUGCCCGGGUCUGGACUCUGGAGACGAAUCAACCCUAAACUCGACGUGCCGUUCAACGCCAUGAUGCUUAGCAUGGUCGUGCAGAUCUUACUAGGUGCCAUCUACUUCGGGUCUGCUGCGGCUUUCAACGCCUUUAGCGGAUCCGGGGUCAUCUUCUUGACCAUUUCCUACGUCAUACCCGUCAUCGUCUCCCUUAUCGGCGGCCGCAAGCAUCUCAAGGAGGGCUCCUGGGAUUUUGGAAAUCUGGGUGUAUUCUGCAACAUUGUCACCAUUGCCUGGACCUUGUUCAUUAUCCCCGUCUUUAGUUUCCCGUUCUUCUACCCGGUGACGCUAGAUACUAUGAAUUAUGCAUCAGUGGUGGUCGUCGGCGGCGUGACUAUUUCCGCGUUAUGGUACUUUGUCUGGGGGAGGAGCAACUAUGAGGGCCCACCGGUUCGCGCCGAUGAAGUGGAGCGGAGGCGCAGUUCCAUCAUUUCUACUUAA